GCACCGUGUGUUUCAGUUAAGCGUUGGCUCUGAACCCGGCAACAAUCUUUUACUCCGUCGCGAUCUGCCAAUCUAUACCGAUCUCCAUCUAUCCGCAACUAGAGCGAGCUGUUCGGUUCAGUAAAAUUAUAUUGCAAAGCGGAAAACUCACAAGUUCUUGUGUCCCAUGAUUGCCGUGUGAUCCGAUCGAGCCAUCGAAAUAAAUCGCACAAAUAUGAGCAGCUAUAUCGGCAAACGCAUGCUAAUGAUGAUUAUGCCUCAUUUAUAGUGCGCUAAUUGAACGCGAAAUUGCUCGAUCAAAAUCAAUAAUUCCCUAACCAUUUGCAAACAAACACAACUCAAAGAAAAUCAAAUACGAAAAAGCAGAAGCAAUACCCCAGAGUGCCAGUGUGAGAGUGUGUGUCGAAUUUUAUAAUGGAUAUCAGCUAUAUCUUCGUGAUCUGCCUGAUGGCCCUGUGCAGCGGCGGCAGCGGCUUCAGCCCCGUCGAGGGCAAACAGAAAUCCGGCAGAGGCCGGGGCUCCAUGUGGUGGGGCAUUGCCAAGGUCGGCGAACCCAACAAUAUAACGCCCAUCAUGUACAUGGAUCCGGCCAUCCACUCCACGCUGAGGAGAAAACAGCGUCGCUUGGUCCGGGAUAAUCCUGGUGUAUUGGGAGCCUUGGUCAAGGGCGCCAAUCUGGCCAUAAGCGAGUGCCAGCAUCAGUUCCGGAAUCGUCGCUGGAACUGCUCCACGAGAAACUUUUCGCGAGGCAAAAAUCUAUUUGGAAAAAUUGUGGAUCGAGGCUGCCGCGAGACCAGCUUCAUCUAUGCCAUCACCAGUGCAGCGGUGACCCACUCGAUUGCCAGGGCCUGCAGCGAGGGUACCAUUGAGUCCUGCACCUGCGACUAUAGCCACCAGUCACGAUCCCCGCAAGCCAACCAUCAGGCGGGCAGUGUGGCUGGCGUACGGGACUGGGAAUGGGGCGGCUGCUCCGACAACAUUGGAUUUGGAUUCAAGUUCUCCCGGGAAUUCGUUGAUACUGGCGAGCGGGGUCGCAAUCUGCGCGAAAAGAUGAAUCUGCACAACAAUGAAGCGGGAAGAGCGCACGUCCAGGCUGAGAUGCGUCAGGAGUGCAAAUGCCACGGCAUGUCCGGCUCUUGUACGGUGAAAACCUGCUGGAUGCGACUGGCCAACUUCCGGGUGAUCGGUGACAAUCUCAAGGCCCGCUUCGAUGGGGCCACCCGCGUCCAAGUUAGCAACAGCCUGCGAGCCAGCAAUGUCCUGCCUGGCCUCAGUCCGAAUGCCGCCGGUUCCAGUUCCGUGGGCUCCAAUGGCCUGAUCUUACCCCAGUCGGUGGUCUAUGGCGAGGAGGAGGAGCGCAUGCUCAACGAUCACAUGCCGGACAUGCUGCUGGAGAACAGUCAUCCGAACAACAAGAUUCAUCAUCCAAACAUGCCAUCGCCAAACAGUCUGCCGCAGGGCGGUCAGAGGGCCAGAAAUGGACGACGACAGGGUCGCAAGCAUAAUAGAUAUCACUUCCAACUGAAUCCCCACAAUCCCGAACACAAGCCACCUGGCUCCAAGGACCUGGUCUACCUGGAGCCCUCGCCCAGCUUCUGCGAGAAGAAUCUGCGACACGGCAUCCUGGGCACCCAUGGCCGGCAGUGCAACGAGACCUCCUUGGGCGUCGAUGGCUGCGGCCUCAUGUGCUGCGGGCGUGGCUAUCGGCGGGACGAGGUGGUGGUGGUGGAGCGUUGCGCCUGCACCUUCCACUGGUGCUGCGAGGUCAAGUGCAAGCUGUGUCGAACCAAGAAGGUCAUCUACACGUGUCUAUAAGGAGACCCUCCCUCAGCCUAUGUAUUGCCUUUCCCCGCCCCCCACACUUCCCUGUAUGUGUUAUGUAUUUUGUCUACGCUUAGCCUUUGUUAUUAGCACCUUAAGAGCCUAGACUAUAGCCUAGUUAAAGAAUACGACUACCAACCCGAGAACCCUUCUAAAUCCUUUCUUAAGCUCCCUCACUUUUUUUUAGCAGUAUUACAGAAGGAAUAUUAAUGAAUAGAUUUCAUGAAGAAGAAUACAACUUGUGUUUGCCCAGUUUUUAGUCAUGUAAGCCACGCGCCCUCCAACGAUACAAAAUAUUUUGUAAAUUACAAAGCCCCCGCCUCCGUUUUUUGUAUCCCUAGACUAAGGUUUAGUUGUAGUUUAGCUUAGAGAUUUCUUAGCGCGUCCCCUGCCUUCUGUCGUUCUAAAAUAUCCUCUUUUUUAAUCAUCGAAAAACAAGACUGAAAAAAUUCAAAUAGCGCGCAGCUUCUUCUCUGUCCUUUCCUUGAGCUGCUUCCAUAAAGCUUUGGUCAGGACCAAAGCGUAUGUGAAGGAGUAUCCUUUGAGAAUAGAAACUCCCAGGAAAACAAUUGGAAUGUGGUUGAGAAAAUUCCAUCAAAUGUUUUCCAAGCUUAAUAACUAAAACCCUACGCCUUUGUGUACAUAAAUAAGUUAAAAUUUACUAUUAGUUUUAGGCUAAAAUCAUUUUACUAACGCGAAACAUAAUUGUUGCUUGGAAUUUAUGAAAUUUUUGCAGAAAAAUCGUAUGAAAUAUUAUUUUUUUGAAAACGCAUUUAAUUUAAAACCCCACGGUUGUGCGUUCUCCCCCCGCCCCCUUGUAGGUAUUACUAAUUAAUUAAAUAAACUUAGCUGGCUAGUUAAACGAUACGUCUAGGCCUAAGUUUAUACAUAUAGUAAAGCUCGAUAUGAAUAUAAUAUUUAAUUAAUUUAUACUAGCUCAUAGACAUUCAAUUUUGUAAAGUAUUAAUGCGAAGGAGAACAACAAACGAAAAAAGCGGAGCAGAAAAAUGCUAAUGCUAUCGAAAACAAAUCAAUAAAAAACAGAA